ACCACAGGCGCGAGCGCGGCGGCUAGGGCGUCGCCAUCUUUUGGAUGGGAGCUCUCUUCGCGCCUUCACACCUUCAACUCCCAGGUGGCGCCAUGUUGGUUUGGGGCGGAAGUAGCGGAGACCGGGCUCGCCCCCUUUAAAGGGACAGGGGCGGCUGUAACCUUCGGGGCGCGCUGGGGGACGAAGCGGUGAAGCCGCCGAGGCUGGGAGCUGUGUGUGGGGGACCCACGCCCUGGCCUCGGAGCCAUUUUUUGGCCAGAACGUUCUCCUCCCUCUCCUCUGCCCUGGAGGAGAAGUCACCAGUGUCCCAAGGCUCUGGGAGGCAUGUUCAGGAAUGUGACGGCCAUCCAUUUGCACCUGGCUGGGGUCUUCCAGAGAAAGAAGGCUGGAACUUCUCUCGCUCGGUGCUUGCACCAGACUUUCGCCAUGGCCAAGCGGCUCCCGGCUCGCAGGCUGGACGGGAUUGACCACAACCCAUGGGUGGAGUUUGGCAAAAUGGCCAGUGAGUAUGAUGUCGUGAACUUGGGCCAAGGCUUCCCUGACUUCCCACCCCCAGACUUCGCAGUUCAAGCCUUUCAGCUCGCCCUCAGCGGUGACUUCAUGCUCAACCAGUACACCAGGGCAUUUGGUUACCCACCCCUGACAAAGAUCUUGGCAAGUUUCUUUGGGAAGCUGCUGGAACAGGAGAUAGACCCACUCAAGAACGUGCUGGUGACUGUGGGUGCCUAUGGGGCCCUGUUCACAGCCUUCCAGGCCCUGGUGGAUGAAGGAGAUGAGGUCAUCAUCAUAGAGCCCUUUUUUGACUGUUAUGAACCCAUGACAUUGAUGGCAGGGGGUCACCCUGUGUUUGUGACCCUGAAGCCGAGCCCUACCGGGGAUGGGGAACUGGAUUCUGCCGGCAACUGGCGGCUGGACCCCACAGAGCUGGCCAGCAAGUUUACCUCUCGUACCAAAGCCCUAAUCCUCAACACGCCCAACAACCCCUUGGGAAAGGUGUUCUCCAAGGCAGAACUGGAGCUGGUGGCCAGCCUGUGCCAGCAGCAUGACGUGAUCUGCAUCAGUGACGAGGUCUACCAGUGGCUGGUCUAUGACGGGCACCAGCAUGUCAGCAUUGCCAGCCUCCCUGGCAUGUGGGAACGCACCCUGACCAUUGGCAGCGCUGGCAAGAGCUUCAGUGCCACUGGCUGGAAGGUGGGCUGGGCCCUGGGCCCGGACAGUCUCAUGAAGCACCUGCGCACCGUGCAGCAGAACAGUGUCUAUCACUGUCCCACGCAGGGCCAGGCCGCGGUGGCCCAGAGCUUCCAGCACGAGCAACUGCACUUUGGCCAACCCAGCAGCUACUUUGUGCAGCUUCCCCAAGCCAUGUGGCGCUCCCGGGACCACAUGGUUCGCAGCCUGCAGUCUGUGGGCCUGAGGCCCGUGGUCCCCCAGGGCAGCUACUUCCUCAUCGCAGACAUCUCAGACUUCAAGAGCAAGAUGCCCGACUUGCCAGGUGAUGUGGAUGAGCCCUACGACAAACGCUUCGUCAAGUGGAUGAUCAGGAACAAGGGCUUGGCGGGCAUCCCGGUCUCCAUCUUCUACAGCAGGCCACAUCAGAAGCACUUUGACCACUAUGUCCGCUUCUGUUUUGUGAAGGAUGAGUCCACGCUCCAGGCCCUGGACGAGAAGCUGCAGAAAUGGAAGGAUGAACUCAGGCCCUGACGCCGCCUGCUCAUCCCGGCCCCACCUGGUUCCUGAAUGUUCUUUGCCAGGGUGUCAGCCCCUUCCCAGGUUCGACGUAGAUUGAGCUGGGUGCCCCCUUCUCUGCGACACAGGAUGUCCCCAGGGAAGAGCCCUCCUUCUUGAUCUUGGUGGAUUCAGGAGCGCUUCCCACAGUACCUAUAUUCCUGUCAUAGGGGUGAGGUGCACCUGACCUGGGCCUGUUCCUGCUCCUCCCUAGAUUGGGUCAUAGAGUCUUGGGUCCCCUCUGUACUCUCCCCAGACUUGUCUGGGACUCAAGGGACAGAGUCCAGCAGCGUACUGGCCUUGAGUCCCGGCCCUGCUCUGGCCCCGGCCCUGCACUGGCCCCAGCCUAGGCUCUGGCAUCGCACCCUUUCUUUCUCUCCUUAGAUAACCUCGGGAAGUGGUCUUUAGGCUUGAGUCCUCAAGCCGGUACUUUUCACCCAUAAUAAAGCUUGAACUUAUUUAG